CGAGUCUCACGGUCGGACGCUCCCAUGACGAACCGAAUCAGCACGUCCUGCGAACCCGUUCCCCACGCGCACGCUCCGCCGCCGCCGCCGCCGCCAACAGAACCCUCGCGUGGCGAAUACCUCAUCGGAGGACCUGCGGCUUGGAUCGGUGGAAACCGAGGGGCUCCGCCUCGCCAAUCCCGGCGGGGGCUUACCUCGACAGCGUCUGCGCGGACAUGUCCGACUUGGGAUUGCCGUCAGACAUGGACCAUGAUCUGCGGGAGGAGGAGAAGACGGAGUCCUGUGGCCAAAACGGCGAAUCACAACCGUGUGGAACUGGGCGUGACGACGUCUAUCUAGAGGACAUGUUCGCAGAUCAUUGUGCCGUCAGCUGCCACUAUGAAACUGAAUAUGAUAUCUUUGGUGCCCGGCCGCUCACGGGCGAUCCACUUCUCUGGGAUGACAUCCGCUCAGAGAACAGCGACGAUUAUGUUGUGCAGGAGGAUGAAGAAUGCGCUAAGCUUGCAGACGUGGAGACAAAUUGCCCAGGGAGAAACAUCCCCUUGCAGCUAGGAAAGAAAAUCGACAACGCGUGGAUAAGGAGUAUGGUGGAACAGAACGACAAAUACGACGCGCGGUGCCAGGAGAUUCUGCGCCAGGACGAGGAUUCUGAUCUCCCUCCUGUUCCUUUAGAUGUGUUCCCUGAGGCAACAGGUUUAUGCGUCCAAAGGGGUCGCUGCUACCACAUUGAAUACAGGACCCAUGAUACUUCCACCACUGAUUCAGAUCUUGGAUAUGCCGAACCAGAAAUGAUGCUACAGAUAUUCUUUCUGCGCUUAUCAAGCUUCUCUGUGUCCUAUUCCUGCCCCAUCAGUGUAUAUGGAGUAUUCGCUGUUCGGGAUGUAGUGGAGCCACUGCGAAACCAUGUCUUCAACCGUUCCAGAGAUGACCCUGUCACGGUUGACCAGGAUCCGUUUACCUUGCCACUCUGUAGCCCUUGUCGAGGAAUGUACAUACCAUAUGAACUAGUAUUGCUAGAAGUUGAUAUUUGGAUAAAAAAAGGAAGGGGAUGGGUCAGCCGACCAAAAAUUACUUUCCGCAUACCUUGAGCUGGAUGUCCUCACAGAACAGGAUGGGUUCAUAUAUGGUUUUAUCCCUGGGGACAAUGUCAGCUUGGAAAUAGACUGUGCCUGCCUUGCGCUGAGUGUUGAGGCAGUGAUCGAUGUCUCUGCAGAGGUUACCCGUCCUUGCCAUGUGAGAUUCGUCGCUUUCAGCAGUGGCUAUGACAAUGAGAUUGUUCUCUAAGACGGAAAACUCACCGGGAAGAAGGUUUUCCAGCAUGUUGUUGCUGCGAAGACAGAGAGAGAAUUGAAGGUUCAGUUAGAGGUUGAGGAAUCAGUUUUCCAGUGGACUUUUCAGGGUGGAAAUGACAGAGUUCUUAGCUCCCCUGAUGACUCUAUGUUGAAGUACGGCCAAUUUGAUGUGGAGGUGUGUUUUUAUCCAACAACGGCCUAAGUCAACCGUCGUGAUCAGUUGAAAACAAGUGCUAUGCUAGAAUGUUUGUGUGUUUAGGAGUUGAAUUUAAGUUUUAGUUGGAUUUCCUUUUGUCCCUCGUGACAAAACGGGCUGAAGUUUGGGUUUUAGCUUUUGUUUAUGGUCCAGAUAUGCUGAACUGUUGCAGAAGUUUGAGAUAUGCAUGACUCUGGAGUGGUCCAGAACUACGGAUAGGUUAAGGUCUGACUCGUAUGUUAAACUGCCAGGGACCUGAAAAUGUUGUAUACUUUGUGUUUCUUGGCAUUAUUAAUUUAUUAUUAUAUUGAGUCCUUC